AUGCAUCGCAGACCGUCCAUCUUGUCGUACCGCCCGAAGACUUCCUCCGCCGCCGACGACGACACCCGCAGCAGCAGCAGCAGCAGCAGCAGCCAAGCACCCCCCAGCGGACACACGAUGAAGCGCACCGCUUCGCAGACGUUUGCCACAACACACUACCAAGACGUCAAGGACUCGGGCAUGGCGCUGGACGCAGUGAGCGAGGGCCAAAUGGACUGCUACGCCUCGUCGCAGCAUUCACACUCCAGCUCGCUCUCCCGCGCGUUUGGUGCCAUGACUGGACAAUUCACUCGCCAGAAGAGCCGACGCCGGCUCUCCUCCUUCUCCUCGUCCUCCUCCACCGCCCCUCGGCGCCGGGGCUCCAUCCAAAGCUUCGUCGACUCUCUUCCCUCACACUCGACCCGCUGCCCUCAUGCCCCCGAACAGCCAACACGCAAUCCCCUACCGCACCAGGACUCAACCAUGCAGCCCUUCCACAUACAAUCACAGGCCCGCAAGCCAUUUUCCUUCCAGCGUUUCAGCAGCAUACGGAAACGGCCCGCAAACACCAUGCCCGAAGCCACACCAUCGCCCUUUCCCUCCGUGACGUACACGCCAGCUCCCACCGCACUGCCUGGCGCGGCCGCGAGACAAGCCGCGGCAGCUGCAAACCUGGACCGUCAAAACCAACUUCGUCGCGAAGAAGAAUCCCAAGAACAACACACACAUCGCUUCCUCCACGGCCUUAUCCCAGACACCUCUAUCCGCCUAGACGAUGAAUUCAAAGACAACGAGAGCGGCGUCGACAUGACCUGUGCCUCGGACAUCGUCCGUGCUGACAGUGUUACAGAGAAGAAGAUGAGUGACCCGUUUGAGCGCCUUCCUGCCGAGCUCGCAACAGCCGUCCUGUCCAACCUCGACGCAACAUCCCUGGUCAACGCCGAGUCCGUAUCCCGCGGCUGGAAGAAGCUCGCUUCAUCGCCGCACGUCUGGCGCAAUGUCUUCCUCCGAAAGUACGAACCAGAGGUCCAUGUAUCUCCCAAGCCAAUUCAGAUGGGAGGCUCUGGUAUUGGCGAGUCGGUCAAGGGUCACCCAGCGCCUGGGCAGCAGUGGAAGAGCAUGUUCGCGGCUAGGGCUGAGAUCAACAAGAGGUGGAAGGCCGGCAACCCUGCGGCCAUCUACCUGAACGGUCACACCGACAGCGUCUACUGCUGCCAGUUUGAUGAGAGCAAGGCUAUCACCGGCUCCCGUGACCGCACUAUCCGCGUAUGGGAUCUCAAGACGUACAAGUGCCUCAAGGUUUAUGGCGGACCCAACCAUAAGCCAACUCCCAACACGCCUCCACGUAUGGAAGAGCGCAACGAGUGUGUCAUCAGCAACCCCUCGCUGAACGGAACCAAGGCUGGCAACGACCUCUACGUCGUCCCUUCAGACUACCACGACGCCUCCAUCCUCUGUCUCCAGUACGACACCGAAAUCAUGGUCACUGGAUCCUCCGACUACACUUGCAUUGUCUGGGACAUCACCGGCGACGUGUUCGUCCCCAUGCACCGUCUUCGUGGCCACGAGGCUGGUGUUCUCGACGUCUGUCUCGAUGACAAGUACAUUAUCUCGUGCUCCAAGGAUGCCAUGAUCAAGGUCUGGGACCGCAAGACUGGAAACUGCAUCCGCACACUCAAGGGUCACCGCGGCCCCGUCAACGCCGUCCAGCUUCGUGGCAACUUCCUCGUCUCUGCAUCUGGUGACGGAAUUGCCAAGCUUUGGAACCUCGAAACCGGAGAGAGCAUCAAGGAUUUCCCCAGCGAGGAUAGAGGUCUCGCCGCCGUUGAGUUCUCGGACGACGCCAAGUACGUCCUGGCCGGCGGUAACGAUCACGUUGUAUACAAGUUUGACGCAUCUACUGGAAACCUCGUCCACAGCCGCGUCAAGCACGAGGGCCUCGUUCGAUCCCUGUUCCUGGAUGCCUUCAACGGCCGCAUAGUAUCCGGCAGUUACGACCAGAGCAUUCAAGUUAGCGACUACGAAUCUGGCCAGCUCUAUGCCACAUACAAGAACUGGACGACGAGUUGGAUUCUCUCGGCCAAGAGCGAUUACCGACGCGUCGUCGCGACAAGUCAGGAUGGGCGCACUUUGAUUUUGGACUUUGGAUACAAGGUCAAAGGCGCCGAGUUGUUGGCUGGCGUCAAGUGGCCCAAGACGAUGUGAUGAGGGAGAUGGGAAGUGUGUUGUCUGUGUGUGUUUGUGUGUAUUCAUUUGUUCUGCAUAGCGUGUUCUCGGCAUUUCAUCAUCUCUUGUGUUCCACCAUCAUUGUUUCGGCGCCAACGGAAUAACCUCUAUUCUUCCGUGUUUUACAAUAUCUGCUUUUUGGCGACUUUUGCGAACAUUCAAAAGAAGGGCUUCUUCUAGUCGUGCUCUCGCUCUCUUUCUUUUUAUGUCUUUUCAA